AUGGCCGCGAUUGAACAAGUAGGUUUUUUUAGCUUUUGUUGUUUACCAGCGUUGUGGGAAGAGGGGUUUUGGAUGGGGUCGUAAAUGUUAAGUUAGAUCAGGGUUUUCACUAAUUUUUCGCAAAAUUCUUAGUUUGAGCUAGCUUUGACGUCCAUUUUUAGAGACGGUAUUUAAUGAAUUUCCAUUAUUACAGUAGCUAAGCUUAAAACUGGCUUAAUUAAGUAUCCCACUAUCGUAAAAGCGUAGCUCAAAACUACCAACCUUAAAAACGAUAAUUUAAAAUUUGCAAAAAAACUCAUUUAAGCUUGUAAGUUGUGUUCCCGAAAGAAUAAUGGUAAACUUACCAUACAGCGAGGACGUCGAGAUCCCGUUCGAGUUGAAGACCCAACCGAAACGGAAGGUCAAUAUUUUUGUGAGCACGAGCCAGAGGAAAAUGUGCUUAGUGCGAAGAAACAAAAGAAAGGGCAAUGUGACAUUCUACACAUUGAAGAUUAGAUCGUAUGGACAAGAAGCUAGUAAACUUUUGGUCGAUUUGGAAAUGUAUUUGAUUGUAAAGUACCGCUGCCUGACAAAUGGAAACCACGGGAGACGUUUAAUCCCGAUCGUCUUCAGCAAGGAUGGUAGGUGUACAUAAUCAUAAACAUAAUAAGUUAUAUGGUAUUUGACCUAAAAAAGUUAAAAUAGUUUGUUCUGAAUACAUUUUUUUCAAAAAAUUACGGUUUUUCGAAUAAUUCAUUAAAAUUUUUAUUAUCUUUGUAAAUUCUAUUUCUUUUUAGAGCUGGUAGGUCAAGUUCCCCAUGAUGAUCCAAAAGUCGACAAGAAUACUAUACAAAUGUGUGGCGGUGUUGGGAACAUCAAUAGACCGAAGAUCAACAAUCAGGUAAGAGAGUCUUUUUUAACUAUAAAGUUUUACUUUUAAGGCCGGGCGUUCCAAAAGUGACGAAUACGUAAUCCCCAUCCCUUCCCCUACAUCACCCCAAAAAUUUUUUGAAAUAAAAGUUAAUAAAAUCCUGUUCGUAAGCAAAUUUUUUUAAUUACUACCCCCUCCCCCGUUUCCUUCUUCCUUUAACCUAAAAUUGCCUAACACUAUGCUAACGUUAAUCUUUUUCAGAUGCGUCAAUAG